AUGGGUAGAGGCGAAUUAUAUCCAUUCUACCCGGACACAACCUGUGAGGUGUUCAGAGGGUUUGCAGCUAUUGAUUUUUCUGAGGAGAUCCUUCCUGCUCACAAAGACGUGUGUCUCCGUUUCCCUCCAUUCCCAUUAGCUUCUAACACCUUCCAACUCAAUCUACUUAUGCAAGCAUGGACAAAACCAUAUCAUUGUAUUAUCUGUGGUAAAUCAUUCUCUCGUAAUAGUUAUUUGGUUACUCACAAUCGCAUUCAUACUGGUGAGAAACCUUAUCAUUGUGAUAUCUGUGGUAAAUCAUUCUGUGAACGUAAAGUUUUAACUAACCAUAAGAAGAUUCAUACUGGUGAAAAACCAUAUCAGUGUGAUAUCUGUGGUAAAUCAUUCUCUCAAAGCACUCACUUGACUAAUCACAAGCCUACACAUACAGGAGAGAAGCCAUAGCAUUGU